GUUACUUCCCGGGUGAUGACAGGUCGGGCGGAAUCUUUAACACUGCGGCCACGGCAAGUGACAGUACCACGAUGGAAGUCACUGUGCAAAUGUGCCUCCGCUAUAGUAAACCUAUCCUCAUCGUUCUCACCCUGUUCGGUCUCAUCUUCAUCCAGCACAAUAUCAGCAAUGUGGAGAGUUGGAAGAAUUACUUGGUGCCAGCACUGUACAAGGUCCAAAACCGCAUCCAGCCGUCCAACCUUUCUGAAACCCACCAAGCGUUUCAUCACAAGCGCACCCCUUACUGUCCACAUCUGGCCCAGCCACUGUCACCUGAAGAAGAGCUGGAGGAACGCAACUUGUUGGACCUCAUCGCCUGGCCCAAGCCGCCCUCUGGCCCCGAAGCACCCGACUUGUCCCAGACAAGUGACCCGGUCCAUAGUCACUUCACAAUUGUCCCUGCCAAAAACUGGUCCGUGGGCGACCAGCUGGAAGUGCAGGUCCAACUGCGGGACUUCAAGGGCCGACCCAAGCGCUACGGCGGCGAUUUGCUGUUGGCCAGGUUGCACUCCCCAGAAUACAGGGCGGGUGUGGCCGGGCAGGUGCUGGACCACAGGAACGGACUUUAUUCCGCUCGAUUCCCGCUGUUGUGGGAGGGCUCGGCUCAGGUUGACGUCGUGAUGGUCCACUCGAGCGAGGCUGUGGCCGUGUUGCAGAGGCUGAGAGAGAAACGACCCGAUCGGCUUUACUUCUCCAGCAUAUUUAGCCAAGGUAAUCAUUCUGAGAAGAUGGUGUGCAACAUGUGUCUGCCGCCAGACCAGGGGCCACUCUGCAACUUUACGGACCUUCACACCGGCGACCCUUGGUAUUGCUACAAGCCCAAAAUGCUCAGCUGCGACACCAGAAACAAUUACGUCCUCGAAGGCUCCCUCGAAAACAUCAUCAACAGCAAGGAAGCGUUGCUCUUUCAAAGUGGCGUGAACAUUAAAGUUCCAAUCCAUGCUUCCACAUCGAAUGCCAUCAUCGUGCUUCCUUCCAGGAAAGGAGACAGCACUCAAAAACUGGACCACGCAAAGGUGGCAACGUCUGGAUACUACUACCAGGACAUUUGGAGGUCAUUGGGUGGCGUAACCAAGCGCCAGUUUGAUGGUGCGUCCAUCACUCAGUGUUUGACCAACAAGUUGACUGUGAUUCCAGGGAUAAAAGAAUUCAAACAGGAGGGUGGAGUAAAAGUGGGGCCCUUCAUGGCCGUGGACCUCACCCACAAUAUUCUGCUCAAGUUUCGUUUCCACGGCCCACCCAUCGUCAGCCGCACCGCCGUGAUGGCACGCAAGUUGCGCUACAUUGCCAACGAGCUGGACGGCCUGACCGGCGGUCCCGACACGGUGGUGGCGCUCAGCCUCGGGGCUCACUUUGCCCCCUUCCCCGUGGAGGUGUACCAACACCGCCUCCGGCAGAUCCGCAAGGCGGUGGUGCGACUCCUGGACCGGGCGCCUGGGACGGUGGUGGCGGUCCGCACGCCCAACCCUCGAGCUCAGGAUCGGGACCUCAGCCUGAAGUUCAGUGACUGGUUUUCGCUGCAGCUGGACACGGUGCUGCGCGCCACGUUCGAGGGUCUUGACGUUUUGCUGGUGGACGCUUGGCAGAUGUGUGUGGCGCACCACCAACCUCACGACGUGCACCCUCCUAGGGCCAUUGUGAAAAACAUGGUAGACAUGAUGUUGUCCCACGUUUGUCGUGACAGAACCAAGAAGACUGAAUGAUAUGUAUCUAUAAAUCAAACUAGGUGAAGUAGAAACCAGUUUAUGGCUCCGAAGCACUCGACUUGUCCCAGACAAGUGACCCGGUCCAUAGUCACUUUACAAUUGUCCCUGCCAAAAACUGGUCCGUGGGCAACCAGCUGGAAGUGCAGGUCCAACUG